UUGAAUGUUUAAUACCUCAGUAACGUAAAAACUGCUCCAGUGCGAUAGUUCGCUUGCAAUUCCUGUUUGUAAUAGCUUCUAAUUACUAUUGUUUUGUUAUAAAUUGUGAAGUGAAGUCUUUGUGUGAGGGAUAUUUUUAUUUUAAUAUACAAUGUCAGCGCCUAAAGAAGCCAUUCUAAUGCUUGUGCUGUUAUCCUUUAUCUAUAAAACUAGUGCAAUACAUUGCUACUACUGCAACAGCGCAAACAAUUCAGCCUGUUUGGACAUCAACCAGUAUGAAGAAGAAAUUCGCUCCAACAUUGUUCCGAUAGUGAACUGUGAUAAUGCUAUUAUGAAGACAAAACCAAUCACAUUCUUCUGCAGGAAAAUAGUACAAACUAUUUUCCACCCACACCGGGACAAUGAAGUAAGAGUGACCCGUGGCUGUGGGUGGAUGCCUCAUGCUAAGGACUGCUAUAAAGACGACAACUCCGACCACUUGGGUACAUCCUGUCAAUGCUUCGAAGACCUAUGCAACAGUGGCGAAUCAGCUGAUCCUAACAUUAUGGUCGUCUUGUUUUUAUGUUUCUCUAUCAUUUUGUACUUUUGGCGGGAAUAAAUAAAUUUUAAAUUUG